AUGGAUAUCCCCAUCGCUGCUAAUGUUCUCGGAACAUUAGGUGCACUGAUUCCUCAAAUAAUCAUAAAUUACAACCGGCACCACACAAUCGGGCUCCAACGCUCUAUGAUGCUACUUUGGGCUUGUGCUGGCGUGCCUUUAGGCGCAUUUAAUAUCGCAUCCGGAUUCAAUGUUGCGCUGCUAGUGCAGCCGCAGAUAUUGACUGUUCUGAGUUUGGUUACUUGGGGACAGUGCUUGUAUUAUAGUGAAGGAUGGAGUUUGAAGAAAUGUGUUUUGGUGACAGGAGGUCUUGGGAUAGUCUUUGGAGGAAUUGAAGUGUCAUUUGUUGCGGGGUUGAAGGCCGGUCAACGUAGAGAUCUCGAAUGGCCCGUCAUAUUGAUGGGCGUACUAUCAGCUGUUCUAUUGUCCGCUGGAGUAUUGAGACACUACUAUGAUAUCUAUAUUCAUCGUACUGUCCGUGGUAUCUCAUUCAUCUUUGUGGGUAUCGAUGCUGCUGGAGAUGUAUUUUCUCUAGUUUCUGUUUUCUUUCAACCACACCUUGAUAUACUUGGGAUAGUAAUUUACGCCUCGGAGUUUAUUCUUUGGUGCGGAGUAUUUGCUUGUGGUGGAUACUUCAACCUUCUACCUUGGAUCAAAAGAAGGAUUCAAAAGAGACACGAGAAUGAAGGGGGAAGUGGGAAUGGAACUGAAAACGCGGUAGCUGUUGAAGAGGGAAUUUCACAUAAUAUUGAAUUGGAAAGAGUGAAUUCAGCAGGUUCAAGGACAGUUUUCAGAACUCCUGGGUCAACAAACAGUGUAGACAGAGUAGAUUUGUAA